AUGGCAGCGCCAGCGAGCGAGAGCGGCGGCAGCGAACAGAGCCAGAGCAGCAGUCCCAGGAGCCGGGCGGGAGCUGGGAGCGCCGCGGCUGGAGCUCGGGACAGCGGGGACGCGGGAGCCCGGGACCCAGCGGGGACGGCUCCUGGCCUCCCUCCGCUCGAAGACUACGAGUGCAAAAUCUGCUACAACUACUUCGACGCGGACCGGCGCGCGCCCAAGCUGCUGGCGUGCCUGCACACAUUCUGCCAGGAGUGCCUGAGCCAGCUGCAGCUCCGCGCCGCCGCCGCCGCCGCCGCCGCCGCCACCGCGCCUGAGCGCCCGCCGCCCUGGCUUGGCCCGCCCGGCGCCAUCGCAUGCCCCGUGUGCCGGCACCGCACGCCGCUGCCCGACAGCCGCGUGCAAGGCCUGCCCAACAACACCAAGCUCUCCGAGGCCUUUCCGCUGGCUCUGCGCGCCGCGCACGACCCGCUCCCCCAGGACCGCCUGCCACCGCUGCCCGCGCGCCGCCCAGCGCCCGCCGAGGCCCCGCCGCCCGCCCCGGCCCCGCCGCCGCCGCCGCCGCCGGCCGAGGACGCUGCCCCGGAGCCUCGCGCCCGCCCCAGCCUGCGCGCCCCAGGCGCCUACGAGAGCUGCCAGAACUGCAAGCGCGCCGCGCUCACCGCCGGCUGCGUAUGCGUCGUCUUCUCCUUCCUCUCCAUGGUGGUGCUGCUCUUCACCGGCCUCAUUUUCGUCAACCACUACGGCGGCGGCGGCCCCCCCGGCGGCGGAGCGCCCCCUGGCGAGGCCCCGGCGACGGGGUCGCCCUCACCCUCGCCCGUGGGGCCCAUCUGCCUGUCGGUGGCUAGCAUCCUGGCGCUCUUCUCAGUCGUUGUCACCUGGGUCAUCUGCUGGCUCAAGUAUCGGCCCGAGGGGGCGGCCGCGGGUUCGGCUGGGGGAGGCGGCGGCGGCGGCGGCCCGAGGACGCGGGCGCCGGGGGCGGGGGGCGGCGCGCGGAGGAGCGAUACGUAG